GUAUAUUAAAUGUCUUAUUUGGAUAGUCCUAAACCGGAUGUUGUCGGGAAUUUCCUGUUUAGCUAACGCUAUCAAAUGUCAAAAUAUCAACAGCGGCAGUGCGGCGAUGAAGAACAAGUAAAACCAAAAAGAAGCUCUUUCGACCGUUGUCAUGGAGGUGAACGGGGAGGAGUGGCAGCGACUGGAGGAGCAGGUGGAGCGGGUGCUGAACGGCCAAGGGUUGGAGGUCUCCGGAUGUGACGUAGGCCUGGACCAAAGCAAACCAGCAACUCUGAAGAAGAACGUCACCUACAUUGUCUGUGCCGUCAUCUUUAACGAGAAGGAGGAGGUGCUGAUGGUGCAGGAGGCGAAGCCAGAUUGUUACAAACAGUGGUACCUUCCUGCCGGGCGGGUGGAGGUGGGGGAGAGUCUGGAGGAUGCACUGAGGAGGGAGGUGAAGGAAGAAGCUGGUUUCGACUGCGAACCAAUCACAUUGAUGCUGAUUCAGGAGCAGGGACCGCAGUGGAUUCGCUUCAUCUUCUUAGCCAAAGUCACCGGCGGGGAAAUAAAAACGCUGUCGACGGCAGACCAGGAGUCUCUGCAGGCGUCCUGGUGGGACAGACACUCCGUCCUCCCUCUGAGGGGACGGGACAUCCUCAGUCUCAUCGACAACGGACUCAAGUACCUUCAGGCUCCCUGGCAUCCCGCUACUCUUCCUGUUGAUUUGAGUUCCCGUCACGUGGUGCAGAGAAUGGUCCUGGUCUUCACCAACUAUCGGAACCAGAUUUGGAUUCUACUCAUCAAAGCUCCGGUGCUCCACCUUCCCACAGCGGCGGCGGUAAAGACCCACGCGGUGACGUGGGCAGCGAACACGGUGGUGCAGGAGGCCAUGCCGUCGUCGUACUACGACUACGACGUCAACACUGUGGGUAUCUUCAGCCUGCAGCACAACGGGCGGCAGCACGGGAGGACGGACGGCGUUUGUUUCAACACGCUGGUGGUGCUCGUGCCCGACCACGUCCAACGCAACGAAGACGGAGAGAAGCUGGAGAGGCCGCCGAUAGAAGAACCUCCACCCGUGGAGAACCCGCGGUAUGUGUGGCGGGAACUCCAGAAAGGAGCGCUAAGAGAAAAGCUUCUGGAAAAGACCAAAAACACUUCGAUUGUACCGCUGCAUAGCUUGUACUGACCACACGAUGGCAGCAGAGUAACACGGACUCGCCGUGAGACCAGCUCAUUAACGGUUUGAUGUAAAUAACGAGCGGUUUAUUCCAAGUGUUAAUUUAUUUCGCAGUUGGAUUUUAUUUAAUUUAACUAUAAACACAGCAAUAAGCCUAAGAUUCAGGGAAAGUCUCAGCUUUAAUGUUAAAAUGAAGGGAAGAAAAUGGAUUAUACACGUUCCACGUAGUUUGUUUCUCCUUUAAAAGCGACUUUCGACUGGCCGCGAAAAUCUACUUACGGUAAUUCUUCAUUUUCUCUUUCUUUUGUAAGGACCAGAAUGCUACUAAAUGUUAUCGAAAUAUACUAUUUCAGUCAGUAAUGCACUUUAGAAGAUGCUUAGGGACUUUAAACAAAGCAAGGGAUAGCUUAGCUUAGCUGAUGCUAGGAGGAAACUGACGAUUGUGAAUAAAUAAAUAAAACUCUACAUUAAAUAAA